UGACCAAGACUGCAAGCUUCAACCAUAUACUGUCUGCUGGUGUCUGACUGCAUUGCCUGCCUGCUGUAGACUGUCAACUGGGCCUGUCACAAACUUUUCCCCUCUCCCACCCCCCCCCCAAAAAAAAAAAACAGAGAGACAUUUUCGCCCUUUGCUGCCGUUUAGUAAUCCAAUGCCCAAAAACGGCAAGGUCGUCAAGAGAGAGCUUGACGAUGACGUCACGGAGUCUGUCAAAGAUCUUCUUUCCAACGAGGACACCUGCGACGACUCGUUCAAGAAGAGCUCGCUGAUCGUCAACGAUGUCCGCGAGGACAAGGACCGGGACAUCGAGGAGGGAUCGGACUCUGAGGAGGAGCGGCCGGCGUGGAACAGCAAGCUCCAGUACAUCCUGGCCCAGGUCGGCUUCUCUGUGGGCCUAGGCAACGUGUGGAGGUUCCCCUAUCUCUGUCAGAAAAAUGGCGGGGGAGCGUACCUGGUGCCCUACCUGGUCCUGCUGGUGCUGAUUGGGAUCCCGCUGUUCUUUCUGGAGCUGGCCGUGGGCCAGCGGAUUCGGCGGGGCAGCAUCGGGGUGUGGAACUACAUCAGCCCUCGCCUGGGCGGCAUCGGCUUCGCCAGCUGUGUGGUGUGCUUCUUCGUGGCCCUCUACUACAACGUCAUCAUCGGCUGGAGCCUCUUCUACUUCUCCCAGUCCUUCCAGCACCCGCUGCCCUGGCACGAGUGCCCGCUGGUCAAGAACAAAACGACCACAUAUGUGGAGCCAGAGUGCGAGAAGAGCUCGGCCACCACCUUCUACUGGUACAGGGAGGCCCUGGACAUCUCCGACUCCAUCUCCGAGAGCGGGGGCCUCAACUGGAAGAUGACCGUCUGCCUGCUGGCUGCCUGGACGCUGGUCUGCCUGGCCAUGAUCAAAGGGAUCCAGUCCUCAGGAAAGGUGAUGUACUUCAGCUCCCUGUUCCCCUACGUGGUUCUCAUCUGUUUCCUGGUGAGGGCCCUGCUCCUGACCGGAUCCGUUGACGGCAUCCGUCACAUGUUCACCCCCAAGCUGGAGAUCAUGCUGGAGGCCAAGGUGUGGCGGGAGGCGGCCACGCAGGUGUUCUUCGCCCUGGGUCUGGGCUUCGGCGGCGUCAUCGCCUUCUCCAGCUACAACAAGCGCGACAACAACUGCCACUUCGACGCCGUGCUGGUCUCCUUCAUCAACUUCUUCACCUCGGUGCUGGCCACGCUGGUGGUGUUUGCCGUGCUCGGCUUCAAGGCCAACAUCAUGAACGCCAAGUGUGUCGCGCUAAACACCAAGAGGAUUGUGGGAUUCCUGGGCACUGAGAUCAGCCGCGACCUUAUCCCCCAGCACAUCAACUUCAGUCACGUGACUCCGGAGGACUACCAGCAGAUGACGGACAUCAUCCGCAGGGUGAAGGAGGACGACUAUCCCCGCCUCGGCCUGGACCCCUGCAAUAUCGAGGAUGAACUGAACAAGGCGGUCCAGGGGACAGGCUUGGCCUUCAUCGCCUUCACAGAGGCCAUGACCCACUUUCCGGCCUCUCCCUUCUGGUCGGUCAUGUUCUUCCUCAUGCUGGUCAACCUGGGCCUGGGCAGCAUGUUUGGCACCAUCGAGGGAAUCAUCACGCCCCUCGUGGACACCUUCAAAGUGCGCAAGGAGUUCCUCACAGUGGGGUGCUGUUGCCUGGCCUUUGGCAUCGGCCUGAUCUUCGUCCAGCGCUCCGGGAACUACUUCGUAGCCAUGUUCGACGACUACUCUGCCACCCUGCCGCUGCUGAUCGUGGUGAUCCUGGAGAACAUCGCGGUGGCCUGGGUCUACGGCACUGACAAGUUCUUCGAGGAUCUGAAAGACAUGCUGGGGUUCUCGCCUUUCCGGUUCUACUACUACAUGUGGAAGUACAUCACGCCCCUGGUGCUGCUGGUCCUACUGGCGGCCAGCGCCAUUCAGCUGGGAAUGACGCCCCCUAGCUACAGCGCCUGGAUACAGGACCUGGCUCAGGAGAAAUCUCUGAGCUACCCCGGCUGGGGCCUGGCCAUGUGCAUCUCCCUUGUCGUCAUGGCAAUCCUCCCUGUACCCGUGGUCUUCGCGCUGCGCUUCCUCAACCUCCUGGACGAGGGCGCCGGCGGGCUCUCGGCAGUCUCCUACCGGAAAGGCCGCAUCAUCAAGGAGGUGGUGAGCCCGGACGACGCUGACGACGACGACGCCAGCCUGAUCCGGGGCAAGUCACCCAGCGAGGCGCCCUCCCCGAUGCCCGGCGGCAGCAUCUACCGCAAGCAGAGCGGCGCCGGCGACGGCGACACCGCCCCCAACGGCCGCUACGGCAUCGGCUACCUGAUGGCCGACGCGCCCGACACGCCCGAGUCGGACUUGUAGCCCCACAGGCUAACCGCGCGACCGCGAGCUGCCCGCUCAAUCAAACAGAAACCAUCUGCAUAUGUCACCCUGUACAUCUUGUAGAUAACUUAGCUCCUGUGAUGCGUGCACGCUACCUUCCUUCAUAUUCCUUAAAAGACAAAAAAAAUCCGCAGAACGGCUGUAUAUACUUAGCGCUCCAGGCACAAUCCAGGCUAAUACCCGCCCCUACGGAAAGCCGGAGGGGACGGUUAGGGAGAACCAGGUAGAUAACUGCAAGUUGCACAGCGCCAAAUUAAAAAGCGAGACAAAGUCUCGGGGGUUCAACAUUUCUCCGCUGUAGUUACGUUAUGGUGCAACUACAAAAAAUGUAUGGCAUUUCAACUUAAAAGAUUGUUCCCAAACAAUGUG